AUGGCGCCACGCUAUUCUCAAUCAAUCCAAGACGACCCAAAGGUGCUCGUUGAUCAGAUGAUAGCCAGCCCUCUCACGGUCGUGCAGUCGCGACUGCACGUCACCAUGCUAACUCAACCACCAUCGAGGCUUAAUGGCAAACCAACUGAUGGCAUCGAGUACUACUAUUGCUGCAACGGGGGUUGUGGCUUUCUCUGGGCGGUGCAGUGGAAUUCACAACCGCGGAAGAGAAUUCGGAACUCCAUGGAUUUGGACUCUUACAAGGAAAUAGCCAUCCCAAGGUUGUGUUGUCUGUGUAAAAAGGCGUUGAAGAGAAAACGUUUUGUGGGAGAAGGUCGACCGCAUACGGUAAACCAGGAAGAACAUCGACACCGGGGGUUGUCCGAGGAGCCGCAAAAUGAAAGCACUGGAGAGAAGAGUCGGAUGAUGUCCACUGCUGGAUUUGAGGACAUACAUUUGGGCGAACCCGCUGAAGGAGCAGACAUGGCUUUGGCGAAGGAGCUGUCGUGGGAUGUGAUCGAAGAAAGUGAUACGAACGAGGAAUGGAGUGUGAUCAACCACUUUGGCUCUGCUGCAAUCGAACACAGGGAUGCACAUGUGGACACUGAGCUUGUGCGACCCUAA